UCUGAACUUCUAAAAUAGUAUCAGCCAUGACGAAAAAAAAUCUGUUGCGCGUCUGCUAAUGUCAUAACGAAGAUUGGGCCUUAACUAUGGGCGACUCCACAAAGGGAAAAGCAAUAUUCACGAAAGCCUGUUCUCAGUGUCACACGGUCGAAAAGGGUGGCAAGCAUAAAGUCGGACCGAACUUGAGCGGCCUCAUGGGUAGGAAAACUGGUCAAGCGGAAGGAUUUCCGUAUACAGAUGCGAAUAAGAAGAAGGGAAUCACAUGGAGUAAGGACACUUUGGACGAGUAUCUCAAAGAUCCGAAGAAGUACAUUCCUGGAACGAAAAUGGUGUUCGCCGGGCUGAAGAAGGAUCAAGAUCGAGCAGAUUUGAUUGCGUAUUUAAUUGAAGCGACAAAGUAGACGUGCACGUUAAUUUGAAAUCUGUAGUUGUAAGCUGAUGUUAUUUGCAUUAAACAUUUGUUGCUGAA